AUGUACAACCCGUACGCUUCGGCCCCUGAGGCAUAUCCCAGACAAGGCAACUUGCAUCAUCCCCAGCCGCAUCAUGUGAAGCCAUCUUAUUCUCCCUCGCAGCAGUAUCAGCAGCCAGCUGCCAACCAGCAGUACUCACAACAGUUCCAGCCACAACAUGACAUGCCCCAACAGGGAUUCCCCCAGCAAGGAUUCCCACAGCAGGGAUUCCCACAACAGCAGAAUGCGUUUCCACAAGGAACACUGCCUGCGGCACAAGGCUCAAAUUCCAUGCCAUACUCCAAUUUCCUCUCGGAUCCAGCCGCUAGCAUGGCCGCGCAGUUUGCCAAAUCUGGCUUUGGCCAGUCCAACAACUACAUCCAGCAGAACUUUGGCAGCUACAUGCCUGUGGCGGGCGACUUGAAAUACUACUUCAAAGUGAGCAACCUGUAUGUGUGGAACAAGCUUCGGUUGAUCUUGUUCCCAUACCGCCACCGCAACUGGUCGAGAAUGACCACAGCGGAAAGCGCAGGCUCAUCUGGCGCAGGCGUUUCGUAUGCUCCUCCAAGUGAAGAUAUCAAUGCGCCGGAUUUGUAUAUCCCAUUGAUGUCGUUUAUCUCGUACAUUCUCCUCUGGGCAUUAUUCUCGGGUUUGCGGGGCGAUUUUCAUCCCGAAGUUUUUGGGUACCUUGCAUCUCAGACUUUGGCAUGCUCGUUUUUGGACAUUUUAAUUUUCAAGAUCGGUCUUUACUUGUUGAACUGCUCGACUCAAAGCUCAUUCUGGGACCUCGUGAGCUUCAGCAGCUACAAGUACGUGGCUAUAACCGUGUUACUUUGUUGGAAGAAUCUUUUCGGCGGCUCAUGGCUCGCGUUCUACAGCGUGCUCUUUGUUCUUGUUGGUAGUUUGUCCUUGUUUUUGAUGCGUUCUUUGAAGUUUUUGGUUCUACCAGUGGGUGCUGGUGACACUUCCGCCAACACCAUUUCGAACAACCAAAGGCGACUUCGUGUGCAAUUUCUUUUCCUCUACUCGGUAGUCGUGCAAUUUAUGAUUGUCAUUUUCAUGUCACGUUGA